AAGGGAAGAAGAAAGAACUACAAUAAAAUUGUUGCACUUAAGACAGAGUUUGUCUCAUAUAUACUAUUUUCCGUAUUUCUUCCAGCAGUAUUGGGUUAUCUGAUUUUGUGUUAUUUGGUUGAUUAGGUGAAAACAAGAGAUUCAGUGUUGAAACAAAGGAAGUGGUGAAGUUGACAGAAGAAGGUAGGACCCAAUAUAACCUCAUACAACAAAGGACUAAUAUCCCUCAGUAUGGUUUGUGCUGGAAGUCUUCGGUAGUUUUCCUUCAUGAAGGCUGUAGGCGCCUUACGGAAGAUUCUCAGAUUGAUAUCGCUCUAAGAUUUACAGAUUGUUUUCUGAAAAUGUCAGGUCACAAGCCAUAUGAAUGUGAAAAACAUUCAGUACGGGAAGGUUGUAUUAAAAGUAUGUCUGAUAGGGCUUUCAAUGCAUUCACAGAAUUUUACACACAUGUAUACAACAUAUGUUUCUUCCUCCAGAGCCAGAUUUGGCAUGAAGAGACUGAGAAAACCAUAGAUAGGCUAUCAACAAGUUCUGCCCAUGUAACAGAACAACUGGAAGAAGCAGAGGUAGUUCAGAGAACACUGUUGCAACAACAAAGGGAAAGCAUGUCUGUUCAACAGGAACUUUUAACUAAUGGAUUAUCAUUAAGUGAAAUACUUCACGUUUCCCAAGAUAAUCUUAAUGCAAUAAUGAAAGAGUUUCAUACUUCAACUCUUGAGCAGAAGAGAAUUCUGUUUGAAGUGUUUGACAGAUUAACAUCCUUACAAGCUUGGGCAAUUGGAGAAAUUUCAUGGUUUGAUACAAUCAUGUUCUACGUUAGUAGUAUUAUAGUUUCAUAUGUUGUCACAGCAACACCAAGAACCCAAGAGGCAAGAAUUUGGAUAUUUCUUAUCAUAACAGUGAAUGCUGUAAUUGAAAGAAUUGUUGUUCGUCAGUUUCUUCAAGAUGAUGUGGAGCACCUCAAUGAAACAUUGUACUGGUGGAUUUCGCAGUGCAGGAAAGUAAUGUUAACAGUCUGUGUAGUGUGGAUAGGUGUUACAAUUUACCAGUACUGUGAUUAUAAUGCUGUCAAUCACCAAUUGCUGAUUCAGAUCCAGAAGCAGAACAUGGAAGUUAUUCAUUACUUAGAGAAAAUGAGAGUGACAGAUAAUGAUCCAACCCCAAAACUAACACUUGAGAAUAAGUUGCUAGAAGUAAAUGAUGCUCCAUUACUUGAACCAGCAGAGUUAGCUGAAGAGAUAAAUAUGCUUCCAAGGAUGAAGAUGUGUGUAAAGUCCAAGUCUCCAACACCAACACUGUCAUUGGUUAGUAGGAACACAAGUAGAAGUGAUGCCUACAUUGAGAAACGACAGUCGUCUAGAAGUCUAGUAGAGAUACAGACCCCUGGAGUACGCUACAGCUUGCGAAGCAAGCGAGGAACUCCAUCAAGUAUAGGAAAGGAAACCGUGUGAGACCAGGUUACAAGUCUAACUGUUGCUUGAUGUAGUGUCUAAUGUAACUAGGUCUUUCAGGGUUAAGCAUCCAGUGCAUGUUUACUAAACAGCUCCACUUAGUGAAGUCCUUCUUAAUAAGCCAGUAGUUGCUUAGCUUGUUGAGAAAUACUGAGCAUUUCACAGAAUCCAAAGGUUCAUUAUUGUAUUCACAACAGCCUGCCACUGGUCCCUAUCCUGAGCCCAAUCAGACCAGUCCACCCACUCCCAUCCUGUUUCUUUAAUAAGUAAAAAGUAAAGUAAAGGUCUCCCUGUAACAGGCUGUGGAGGCC